UAAGAGGGCGGGGGGAAGGAAGAGGAGGCGGGAUCCCGGCGCUGCGUUGGCUGCGGCCUGGCAUCAAGGGGGCGGCCCCGGAGGAGUGCAGACCCAGUGGUCCCUGGCGAUUAUGGACCCGGCCGAAGCGGUGCUGCAGGAAAAAGCGCUCAAGUUUAUGAAUUCCUCAGAGAGAGAAGACUGUAAUAAUGGCGAACCCCCUAGGAAGAUAAUACCAGAGAAGAAUUCACUUAGACAGACUUACAACAGCUGUGCCAGACUCUGCUUAAAUCAAGAGACAGUAUGUCUAGCAAGCACUGCUAUGAAGACUGAAAACUGUGUGGCCAAAACAAAACUUGCCAAUGGCACUUCCAGUAUGAUUGUGCCCAAGCAACGGAAACUCUCAGCAAGCUAUGAGAAGGAAAAGGAACUGUGUGUCAAAUAUUUUGAGCAGUGGUCAGAGUCUGAUCAAGUGGAAUUUGUGGAACAUCUUAUAUCCCAAAUGUGUCAUUACCAACAUGGGCACAUAAACUCCUAUCUUAAACCUAUGUUGCAGAGGGAUUUCAUAACUGCCCUGCCAGCUCGGGGUUUGGAUCACAUUGCUGAGAACAUUCUGUCAUACCUGGAUGCCAAAUCACUAUGUGCUGCUGAACUUGUGUGCAAGGAAUGGUACCGAGUGACAUCUGAUGGAAUGCUAUGGAAGAAGCUCAUCGAGCGAAUGGUCAGGACAGAUUCUCUGUGGAGAGGCCUGGCAGAACGGAGAGGGUGGGGACAGUAUUUAUUCAAAAACAAACCUCCUGAUGGGAAUGCUCCUCCCAACUCUUUUUAUAGAGCACUUUAUCCUAAAAUUAUACAAGACAUUGAGACGAUAGAAUCUAAUUGGCGAUGUGGAAGACAUAGCUUACAGAGAAUCCACUGCCGAAGUGAAACAAGCAAAGGAGUCUACUGUUUACAGUAUGAUGAUCAGAAGAUAGUAAGUGGCCUUCGAGACAACACAAUCAAGAUCUGGGAUAAAAGCACAUUGGAAUGCAAGCGAAUUCUCACAGGCCACACAGGUUCUGUCCUGUGUCUCCAGUAUGAUGAGAGGGUGAUCAUAACUGGAUCGUCGGAUUCCACAGUCAGGGUGUGGGAUGUAAAUACAGGUGAAAUGCUAAACACAUUGAUUCACCAUUGUGAAGCUGUUCUGCACUUGCGUUUCAAUAAUGGCAUGAUGGUGACCUGCUCCAAAGACCGUUCCAUUGCGGUAUGGGAUAUGGCCUCCCCAACUGACAUCACCCUCCGGAGGGUACUUGUUGGACACCGAGCUGCAGUCAAUGUUGUGGACUUUGAUGACAAGUACAUCGUUUCUGCAUCUGGGGACAGGACUAUAAAGGUAUGGAACACAAGUACUUGUGAAUUUGUACGGACCUUAAAUGGACACAAACGUGGAAUUGCCUGUUUGCAGUACAGAGAUAGGCUGGUUGUGAGUGGCUCAUCUGACAACACUAUCAGAUUAUGGGACAUAGAAUGUGGUGCAUGCUUACGAGUAUUAGAAGGCCAUGAGGAAUUGGUGCGCUGUAUUCGAUUUGAUAAUAAGAGGAUAGUCAGUGGAGCCUAUGAUGGAAAAAUUAAAGUGUGGGAUCUUAUAGCUGCUUUGGAUCCCCGUGCUCCUGCAGGAACUCUCUGUCUUCGGACCCUUGUGGAGCAUUCUGGAAGAGUUUUCCGGCUCCAGUUUGAUGAAUUCCAGAUUGUCAGUAGUUCACAUGAUGACACAAUCCUCAUCUGGGACUUCCUAAAUGAUCCAGCUGCCCAAGCUGAACCCCCCCGCUCCCCUUCUCGAACAUACACCUAUAUCUCCAGAUAGAUAAUCAUACACUGACCUCAGACUUGCCCAGGUAUGAAAAAUAAUUGUUUACAUAGCACUGUGGGUGGAAGAUGAAGUAUUGACUAUACAGUACUGUGAGUUCAUGGAGCCUUCUCAUGCCCUUUCUAUCUCGAAGUCCUAUAAAGCAGGAAAAGCUGACAGCAGGAGACAGGGCUGGGGCUGCACACUGGUUGCCAACCUCAGUUCUUAGAUGAUUCUUGAACUAGAUCUAUAUGACCUUGUUUGUACAACUAAUAUUCCUGCCUGAGUAAUCUAAUAGGGUUGUUAAGAAAUUUAAAAUGAGAUUUGAAUCUUCAGCUUUGUAAUUUCCAGGUUAAACUCCUGCCUAUAAUGGUGACCCUUUAACCGAAGUAGAUAUUCAAAUGUGAAUGGAAAAAUCUCCUGAUGAAAUAUCAUGCUGACUUCCCACAAC